AGACCCUCCUUCUAGCUGAGUUUGGAGCUGACUUUCCGUUUUUAAGUUUACUCACUAGAUGAAGACACUGCUGCCUUCCUUUCUGCCCCGUCCCUAUUACACAAAAGAACUCUGGGCACAUCACCAGCUCAAGGACCCUAAAGCAAAUCAGAAGUGACCUUCAGGACUGGAGUCCCAGACAUAAACUGUACUGCCGUGGUUUUCCACCAGGGCAGCAGAGAUCUUCGGAGAGGCGAAGGGCUGUUAGGCCAGUUUAAUCAUGGGUGCUCAGAGCCUCAUCAAAGUACUGCUUGGAUGUACAACAUUACUGUAUUUCUCCACUGAACAGAUCUUAGGGCAGUUUGAAGGAAACCUUCAGGUGGACAGUUUUACAGACCAAGAUGACAAACAGCCUUCAAGUCGAGUCAGAAGACGAGGACAGGACACUCUAAGAGGGCCAAACGUAUGUGGAUCUCGCUUUCACUCCUACUGCUGCCCUGGAUGGAAAACAUUACCUGGGGGAAAUCAGUGUAUAGUUCCUAUUUGUCGAAACUCCUGUGGAGAUGGCUUCUGCUCACGUCCCAAUAUGUGUACGUGUUCUAAUGGACAGCUGUCACCUACCUGUGGUUCUGGUAUAGCUCAAUCCUGCAAUGUGAGAUGUAUGAAUGGGGGACGGUGCAAUGAAGACUCUUGUGUUUGCCAGAAAGGAUAUACUGGAACACACUGUGGGCAACCUGUUUGUGAAAGUGGCUGCCAGAAUGGAGGUCGAUGUAUUGGGCCUAACCGUUGUGCUUGUGUCUAUGGAUUUACUGGACCUCAAUGUGAAAGAGAUUAUCGCACUGGCCCAUGUUUUACUCAGGUGAACAACCAGAUGUGUCAGGGACAGCUGAGUGGAAUUGUUUGCACUAAGACACUGUGUUGUGCAACCAUUGGCCGUGCCUGGGGUCACCCCUGUGAGAUGUGCCCUGCCCAGCCACACCCCUGUCGUCGUGGUUUCAUCCCUAAUAUUCGUACUGGUGCCUGUCAAGAUGUGGAUGAGUGUCAGGCUGUCCCUGGACUAUGUCAGGGGGGCAACUGUAUCAACACAGUGGGAUCUUUUGAGUGCAAAUGCCCUGCUGGGCAUACACAGAGUGAGAUCUCCCAGAAGUGCGAAGAUAUCGAUGAAUGUGCCACCAUCCCUAAUGUCUGUGAUGGAGGAGAAUGCACUAACACAAAGGGUAGCUAUGUCUGCAAAUGUCCACAUGGCUCUGUUUCCAGUUUAGACGGCUCCCGCUGCAUUGAUCAAAGGCUUGGGUCUUGCUUUACUGCGCUGGUUGGUGGGCGUUGUGCUGAAAAACGGAAUUGGCAGCUUUCCAAGAUGCAGUGUUGCUGUGACAAUGGGCGGUGCUGGGCAGCCAGCCACACUCCAGAAAUUUGCCCAGUCCGAGGAUCUGAUGAGUACCGCAGACUGUGUAUUGGUAUUGUUCAUGGAACCCCUGGUCAUAUUCCUGGUAGUAUUCCUCUUGGCCCUGAAAGCGGAGGUGGAAAUGGAGGCAAUUUUCCUAUCUUACAACAAGUACUUAACAACAACCGCAGUGUGACUCAGCCAAUUGAUUUUUGCGAUCAUUUUAGACACCUCUGCUUGAAUGGGCGCUGUCAUCCCACCCCAGGGAGUUAUCGCUGUGAAUGCAAUACUGGGUACAAACAGGACAUGCCUGGACAUUGCAUUGACAUAGACGAGUGUGCGAGUAGCCCAUGCGUGAAUGGCGGCUGUGUAAAUACUGAUGGAUCAUACCACUGCCAGUGCCAUCCAGGCUUUCAAAGCACUCCAACAAAGCAGAUGUGUGUUGAUAUUAAUGAAUGUCUCAUGAACGGUGUGAUGUGCAGAAAUGGACGCUGCGUAAAUACAGAAGGAGGUUUUGAAUGUGUCUGUAAUGCUGGCUUUGAAGUGACCCCUGAUAAAAAAAAUUGCAUUGAUCACAAUGAGUGCGCAACAACCAACAUGUGCCUGAACGGGAUGUGUAUAAACGAAGAUGGCAGCUUUAAGUGCAUCUGUAAGCCCGGUUUUGUGCUGGCUUCUAAUGGUCGCUACUGCAUUGAUAUUGAUGAGUGUCAGAACUCUGGAAUCUGCAUGAAUGGCCGUUGUAUUAACACUGAAGGUUCUUACAGAUGUGAAUGUCCACCUGGGCUGGUGAUUGGUGCAGAUGGGCGUGUCUGUGUCGACACUCACAUACGUAGUACUUGCUAUGGAUCCAUAAAGAAAGGGCUCUGUUCUAGACCAUUCCCUGGUGCAGUUACUAAAUCAGAGUGCUGUUGUGCCAAUCCCGACUAUGGUUUUGGAGAACCCUGCAAUCCAUGCCCAGCUAGAAGCUCUGAUGAGUUUCGGUCUCUUUGUAGCAGUGGGGUUGGAAUUACAGCUGAUGGAAGAGAUAUUAAUGAAUGUGCCCUUGACCCCGACAUCUGUCAGAAUGGUGAAUGUGAGAAUCUGAGGGGAACAUACCGCUGUAUCUGCAAAGAAGGCUUUCAGUAUGAUUCGGCUAAAAAGUCUUGUGUUGAUAUUGAUGAAUGUGCUCUAAACCCUCUGCUGUGUGACAACGGUUUGUGUCGUAACACUCCAGGACAUUAUACCUGCACAUGCAAGACAGGUUACAUCUUUAACUCGGAUUCCAAGACAUGUGAAGAUAUUAAUGAGUGUGUAUCUAACCCAUGUGUAAAUGGUGUCUGCAAGAACACUGGUGGAUCUUUUGUCUGUGAAUGUUCAAGUAACAGCAAGCUCGACCCAACACUAAGAAUCUGCAUUGACAGUAUGAAGGGUACCUGCUGGUUGAAGAUCCAGGAUGGACGUUGUGAGGUGAAUAUUAAUGGUGGCACAUUGAAGUCAGAGUGCUGCUCGACACUUGGAGCUGCGUGGGGGAGUCCCUGUGAACAUUGUGAGACUGAUCCCACUUGUCCAAGAGGAUUUGCUAGAAUGAAAGGCGUAACCUGUGAAGAUGUGAAUGAGUGUGAGGUAUUCCCUGGAUUAUGUGUUAAUGGCCAGUGCAUGAACACAGAUGGUUCCUUCCGAUGCACCUGUCCUGAAGGCCUAACACUUGAUGGAACUGGUCGAGCUUGUGUGGAUGUCCGUGUGGAAGUCUGUUACAAGAAGUGGGAAGAAGAUGAGUGUACAGAACCGUACCCCGGGAAAUAUCGCAUGGAUCUGUGCUGCUGUUCAGUUGGAGCAGCAUGGGGCUUUGAUUGUGAAGAGUGUCCCCAACCUGGCACCAAAGAGUAUGAGACCAUUUGUCCCAGGGGACCUGGCUUUGCAAACAGAGGAGAUGUUAUCUCAGGCAGACAUUUCUUCAAAGACAUCAAUGAGUGUAAAGUAUUCCCUGGACUUUGUGCACAUGGAACUUGCCGUAACACUAUUGGCAGCUUUAGGUGUCGUUGUGAGAAUGGAUUUGCCUUGAACUCAGAUGAAAGAAACUGCACAGAUAUUGAUGAAUGCCGCAUUUCACCUGACUUAUGUGGCCAAGGCACCUGCGUCAACACACCAGGAAACUUCGAGUGUGAAUGCUUCGAUGGUUAUGAAAGUGGAUUUAUGAUGAUGAAAAACUGUAUGGAUAUUGAUGAGUGUGAGAGAGAUCCAUUGCUGUGCCGAGGUGGUGAAUGCAUCAACACAGAGGGUAGCUUUGAAUGUACUUGUCCACCAGGGCAUGAGCUCACUCCUGAAGGAAACGCUUGCACUGAUGUUAAUGAAUGCUCUCUGAGUGACAACUUGUGUAAACACGGGCGCUGUGUGAACAUGGUUGGAACUUAUCAGUGUGCCUGUGACCAGGGAUAUCAGUCAACACCUGACAGGCAAGGAUGUACUGAUAUUGAUGAAUGCACCAUCAUGAACGGCGGAUGUGAUACCCACUGCACAAACUCCGAUGGCAGCUAUGAAUGCAGUUGUAGUGAAGGAUAUGCACUGAUGCCUGAUAAAAGAACCUGUUCAGAUAUUGAUGAGUGUGAGGACAACCCUGACAUCUGUGAUGGUGGACAGUGCACAAACAUCCCAGGGGGCUACCGUUGUCUGUGCUUCGAUGGGUUCAUGGCAUCCAUGGAUAUGAAUGUCUGUAUUGAUGUGAACGAGUGUGACUUGAACCCUAAUAUUUGUUUGCACGGAGAGUGUGAAAACACCAAGGGAUCCUUCAUUUGCCACUGCCAGCUGGGUUACUUUGUCAAAAAGGGCACAACCGGUUGUACAGAUGUUAAUGAAUGUGAAGUUGGAGCUCAUAACUGUGACAUGCAUGCAGUUUGCAUCAACGUACCUAGCAGUUUCAAGUGCAAGUGUCAGACCGGCUGGAUUGGAGAUGGCUUUAAGUGUGUCGAUCUGGAUGAAUGCACGACAGAAGAACACAACUGCAACAUCAAUGCUAACUGUCUCAACACUCCAGGCUCAUUCCGUUGUACCUGCAAGGAAGGCUUCAGUGGUGAUGGUUUCUCUUGUGUAGAUGUUGAUGAAUGUGCAGACAAUGUCAAUCUCUGCGAAAAUGGUCAGUGCCUGAAUGCACCAGGAGGAUAUCGUUGUGAGUGUGAGAUGGGCUUCACACCGACUGAGGACAGCAAAGCUUGUCAAGAUAUUGACGAAUGCACUUUCGAAAACAUCUGCGUGUUUGGUACCUGUCAGAACCUGCCAGGGAUGUUCCGCUGUAUGUGUGAUGAGGGUUAUGAGCUUGACAGGAGCGGUGGAAACUGUACUGAUGUGAAUGAAUGUGCCGACCCUGUGAACUGCAUCAAUGGGGUCUGUGUCAACACCCCUGGUGCAUACUUGUGCAACUGCCCACAGGACUUCGAACUCAACCCCACUGGGAUUGGAUGCAUUGAUACUCGUGCUGGAAACUGCUUCCUGAACAUCCAGCCACGUGGAGAUGGUGGAAUAUCAUGUACUGCUGAGAUCGGUGUCUCUGUGACACGAGCUUCAUGUUGUUGUGCACUUGGACGUGGUUGGGGAAACCCCUGUGAGCUCUGCCCUCCCCACAACUCAACUGAAUAUAGAACCUUGUGUCCUGGAGGAGAAGGCUUUCGGCCAAAUCCUAUCACUGUUAUCCUAGAAGAUAUUGAUGAGUGUCAGGAACUACCUGGAGCAUGUCAGGGUGGAAACUGUGUUAACACCUUCGGAAGCUUCCAGUGUGAAUGCCCAGCCGGUUACUAUCUGAAUGAGGAAACUCGUAUAUGUGAAGAUAUUGAUGAAUGCUCUACUCACCUUGGCAUCUGUGGACCUGGAACUUGCUACAAUACCCUUGGGAACUACACCUGCAUCUGUCCUCCUGAAUACAUGCAAGUCAACGGGGGCAACAACUGUAUGGAUAUGAGAAAAGGAGUCUGCUAUCGCAGCUACAACGAAACCUGUGAGAACGAGCUUUCCGUUACCAUGGUGAAGAAGAUGUGCUGCUGUGCUUACGAUGUGGGCAAAGCUUGGAGCAAAGCCUGUGAGCCAUGUCCAGUCCCUGCUACUGCUGAGUACCAGCUACUUUGUGGAAACCAGGCCCCAGGGUUCAUCAUUGAUAUCAGCACAGGAAAACCGAUUGAUAUUGAUGAGUGUCGUGAAAUCCCUGGCAUCUGUGCCAAUGGAGUGUGCAUCAAUCAAAUUGGAAGUUUCCGCUGCGAAUGUCCUGUGGGCUUCAGCUACAACAACAUCCUUCUUGUCUGUGAAGACAUUGAUGAAUGCAAUGGAGGUGAAAACUUAUGCCAACGCAAUGCUGAUUGUUUCAACUUCCCUGGCAGUUUCCGUUGUGAAUGCUCUUAUGGCUUUAAACUCUCACCAAGUGGAGCCUGUGUGGAUCGCAAUGAGUGCCAAGAAAUUGCUAAUAUCUGCAGUCAUGGCGAGUGCAUUGACAUUGAAGGAGGCUACAAGUGUCAUUGUUACAAUGGAUUCAAGGCAACGGCAGAUUUUAGCAUGUGUAUGGAUAUUGAUGAAUGUGAGCGUCACCCAUGUGGCAAUGGAACAUGCAAAAAUACUGUUGGAUCAUAUAACUGCCUUUGCUUCCCAGGCUUUGAACUUACGCACAACAAUGACUGCAUGGACAUCGAUGAGUGCACUACUCUUGCGGGCCAGGUCUGCCGUAACGGGCAGUGUAUAAAUAAUGUUGGUUCCUUCAGGUGCUUAUGUAAUGAGGGUUAUGAGCUCACCGCAGAUGGCAGGAACUGUGUUGAUAUAAAUGAAUGUAUAAGCUUACCUGGUACCUGCUCUCCUGGUACCUGUCAGAAUCUGGAAGGCUCUUAUCGUUGCAUAUGUCCACCAGGGUACGCUUUAAGAAAUGAGCAUUGUGAAGAUAUUAAUGAAUGUACUGAAGAACCCAACAUUUGCAAAUUUGGAAGUUGUAGCAAUACCCCUGGCAGUUUCCAGUGUACAUGUCCUCCCGGAUUUAUGCUUUCUGACAAUAAACGGACAUGUUAUGAUACUCGUGAGAGCUUCUGCUUCACUCGUUUUGAGAACUCGACUUGCUCUGUUCCAAAGCCCCUCAAUGCCACCAGGGCCAUGUGCUGCUGCAGCACGAUGCCAGGAGAAGGAUGGGGAGAUCCCUGUGACCUUUGCCCUAAGGAAGGAGAAACUCCUUUCCAGGAAUUAUGUCCAUUUGGCCAUGGCGUCAUCCCAGGACCUGGAGGAACUCGUGAGGAUGUCAAUGAAUGUGAACAGACUCCAGGAAUCUGUGUUAAUGGACACUGUAUUAAUACUGAUAGUUCAUUCCGUUGUGAGUGUUCAUCUGGGUACAAACUGGACUACACUGGAGUCAACUGUGUCGACAUUGAUGAAUGUACCAUUGGAAACCCAUGUGGUAAUGGAACCUGUACUAACAUAAAUGGAGGAUUUGAAUGUGCCUGUUACGAUGGCUUUGAGCCUGGUCCCAUGAUGACUUGUGAAGAUAUCAAUGAGUGUGCCUUAAACCCACUCCUUUGUGCAUUCCGAUGCGUCAACAAUUUGGGGUCCUAUACUUGUACCUGCCCCCAUGGCUAUACUCUCCGAGAGGACAAACGAAUGUGUAAAGAUCUGGAUGAAUGUACUGCUGGUCUACAUGACUGCGACUCACGUGGAAUGAUGUGCAAGAACCUCAUUGGUACCUUCAUGUGUAUCUGCCCUCCAGGAAUGCAACGCUCACCAGAUGGUGAAAGAUGCAUCGAUGAAAAUGAAUGUCGCACCAAACCUGGAAUUUGCCAGAAUGGACGAUGUGUUAACACUGUUGGCAGCUACCGAUGUGACUGCAAUGAAGGAUUCCAGACUAGCUCUACUGGUACUGAAUGUAUAGAUACCCGCAAGGGAUUCUGCUACACAGAAGCGUUACAGACCAUGUGUCAAGCAUCUUCCACAAACCGUAACUCUGUAACCAAAUCAGAAUGCUGCUGCAAUGGUGGGCGGGGCUGGGGGUCUCAGUGUGAGCUCUGCCCUCUUCCAGGAACUACACAGUUUAAGAAAAUGUGUCCUCUUGGACCUGGUUACACCACUGAUGGAAAAGAUGUCAAUGAGUGUCGUGUUUUACCAGAUCUCUGCAAAAAUGGUCAGUGUAUCAAUACAAUUGGCUCCUUCCGCUGCCACUGUAAAGCAGGAUAUACCACAGAUAUCACUGGAACCUCUUGUAUCGAUUUGGAUGAAUGUGCUCAGUCUCCUAAGCCAUGCAAUUUCAUCUGUAAGAACACAGAAGGCAGCUACCUAUGUUCCUGUCCAAGAGGUUAUGUCCUUCAGGAAGACGGCAGGACUUGCAAAGAUCUGGAUGAGUGUUCUACUAAACAACAUAACUGCCAAUUCCUGUGUGUGAACACCAUAGGAGGAUUCACUUGUAAAUGCCCCCCUGGAUUUACCCAGCACCAGUCCUCAUGUAUUGACAACAAUGAAUGUGUUUCACAACCAACCUUAUGUGGUUCCCAAGGAAUAUGUCAAAAUACAGCAGGAAGUUUCAGCUGUGAUUGUCAGAAAGGAUUCUCGCUUGAUAACACUGGCCUUAACUGUGAGGAUGUAAAUGAGUGUGACAGUAACCACCGGUGUGAGCAUGGCUGUCAGAAUAUGCUUGGUGGGUUCCGCUGUGGCUGUCCUCAAGGAUACAUGCAACACUACCAAUGGAACCAGUGUGUUGAUGAAAAUGAAUGUUCCAACCCACAGUCCUGUGGUUCAGCUUCCUGUCACAACACCCUAGGUGGCUUCAAAUGUGUGUGCCCAUCUGGCUUUGACUUUGACUCCUCAUACGGAGGAUGCCAGGAUGUAGAUGAAUGCUCUGCCUCGGGUAACGCAUGCUCUUACGGAUGUUCAAAUACUGAAGGUGGUUACCUAUGUGGCUGCCCUGGUGGAUAUUUCAGAGCUGGACAGGGGCACUGCAUUUCUGGAAUGGGCUUCGGCAGAAACCAGUACCUCGCUGGCCCUGCAGAGGAGGACGAUGAGUCGGCCCUGUCUCCUGAAGUCUGCUACGAGUGCAAAAUCAAUGGGUCUCCCAAGAAAGGCCGUCAGAGACGCAGCAUUAAUGGAAAUCAAACAGAACCUCAGGAUGAUUACAUAAGCUUGGCCAGUGUGGACACUGAUGGACCAAUCCGCAUGAACCUCAACAUUUCUGAUGUCAUCAACAGAGAGCACAUUCUGGAAUUCCUGCCUGCCAUUGAGCCACUGGAGAACCAUGUGCGCUAUGUCAUCACCUAUGGCAAUGAAGAAGGCCACUUCCGCAUUCACCAGAAAGAUGGACUUAGCUACCUUCAUCUUAGCCGCAAGAAGGUCGUGCCUGGUACUUACAGCCUGGAAAUUGCAAGCGUACCACUAUACCGAAAGCCUGAACUGCAGAAACUGGAGGACAAGAAUGACAUCAACUACCUCUUGGGUGAAAUUGGAGAAGCACUCAGGAUGAACCUGGAAAUAAAGCUGAAUUAACAGCAGACUAAAUGAAAACCGGAUAAUACUUUCAUUACAAAAGGGGGACCCCUACCAGCUUUAUCUGUCAGCACCUCAGCACCAAACUGUAAAAAGAAUGGGAAAUGUGUAAUAUUGGUCAGAAAAGAAGGAAAACAAUGGCCUCAGUUUAGCAUAUAUAUUUUUUAUAACUUUGUUAAUAAAUGGUUUUGUAAAGGUUUAUAUUUUUGAACAUUUGUUUGUAUUGUGUGGCUUUUUGACUAUAUCUCCUGUCAGCCAUUACCACUUGUUAAGUCAGCAGGUUUAGAAACAGUGCAACUUCCACAUAUUUGAACAAUUAAGAGUAAAUGCUUUCCUGUAUUUUACUUGCACAUGUAGUGCCAACGCAAGGUGCUUUGAAGCACAUGAAUGGCACAUGAUACCCGAAAAAUGAAAGUGUGUCUAGAACUCAGUGGUUCACAUUGAAUGUAUUUCCCUGAAGGAGUUGAAUUUCUAAAAUGCCUUGUUUUGUUUUUUGUUAUAUUAUAUGGAAAGGCACUAUUUCAAAUUUCUCAGAAGUCAGCUAAGGAUUCUAAGCUGCACUGGCCAUGUUGUCAGCCAUCUUACGGUUCUCAGUUCCAUAAAAAAGAAUUGGGCAUUUCUGGAGAAUAGGCAGUAUAGACUUGCACAGUAAAUAAUAUAUUAUGAAGGACUGUAAGUCUGCAUUACUCUUCUGCUUUGACUAGUACAAUAUUCUGAACACUCUGCAAAACUAUAAUGUACUGUUGUAGCAUCUUCAUCUAGAAGGGCCACACUAAAGACAUACAACUGUUGAUGUAUGUAUUAAUUAAUCAUCUCAUAGCUGAGCUGCAGGUGACUGACAUAUAGGUUUAAAAAUAUCACUGGGUAGAAAUUAUGCCAUUUUGGCCUCAAAGCUGAAAGGAGAAAAUGAUAAGUACAUUGUGGUUGGAAUUCAAACCCAGCAUUUAUAAGCACGUUGUUAUGGUUAUAUUUAUUCGUUUCUAGUUACCUUGAUAAAUCAGGGCUUACUGGGUACUGUCACGUUUGGUUUUUACUGUGGGGUUUGCAUAUAUGUAUGCAUUCCAUUUUACUACCUUUUACCUGUAUAAAGCUUUGGGAGUCAUUUUGCUAUUAUUUUGGAUUCAGGGGCAGUUUCUAUGGUAACUGUUGGCAAAGACUUCAAAUGUGUUUCACUGCCUAAUUUGGCCAUUAAUAAAGCACAGUGUUAUUAUUUCAAGCAAAAUCUUUGAUACUUUCCUGACAUGUUGCACAAAUAUUUUUAUUGUGCAUUUGUAUUAGGGUUACUGACCAUCAUAUCAAGGUCCAAUUUGCCAAAUACAGAAAACCAAAAUCCGUCCAUUAAACAAACUAACAAUCCAGAGUCCCAGCAAGGUUUGAUAUAAUAAACUAUAAAGAAUAAUUUGAAGCUCUAGCAACAAUUAUUAUUUUUCCACAUGGUAACCUAAAAUGUGAAUAAGGGUUCUCAGACAAUAAAUGUAGGUAAUCAUUUUGAAACCAGAAGAUGCAGAAGCCUAGAUGCACAUAACAAUCAGCUCGGAAUAUAGCAGAUCCGUAUGAGGAAUUUUGUCGAAUGCUGAGCCCAAAAUUAUUUUCUCUGGGUGAUGAUGCCUGCUUGUGAAAGUUUGCAGAUUUCUGUCUUUAAACAACUGGGAUGUUAAACUCAGGUUGAAUUUUUUUAAAACUAUUUUUUGAGUUUCUGUUCAGGUGCUAUGUUAAAGAUAAAUAAAAGUUCUAGAAACCAUUGCUAUGGAUGCACUGUGAUGCCAUAUAGACUAGCAGAACUGUUGACUGGUUAUGGAAAUAAUUUGUUAUAAUUAGUUUGUACAGUUAAGAGUCCCACAGCUAUUUUGUAUGAAUUUCUUUUUUAAAGUACUGCAUUUUUAUGUGGGGUGGGGGGGGGGGGGUUGGUUAGCUAGAAUAUAGUUUAGUGGUUCUGUCUCCCGGUUCCAGAUGACAACUUUGAAAGGUGCUAUUUCACUUUGGUAUCACAUGACUACCUGACAAUGUAUUUGUAAUUUAAAGGUGCUUAUGACUUUAAAAGUGUUGGUGCUGGUACAAAAACAUCACAGUUACUGCACUGUAUACAUAUUUUUCUUUAAUAUUUAUAUAUAACCAGUGUUUUACAGUUGCUUUUUGUGCCUUCAUGUAUAACUUUUUGUUUGGUACUUCUUAAACGCUGACCAUUUGCCACUUCAUAGAAAUUCAUGAAAAUGUGUUUAAGCAUUGUCUUAAUCUGUCAUUGUAUAGUAUUGUAGCUAUCAUCUUUUCAUUUGAGACUGCUGAUCAUGGUUUCUGUUCACUCAUCAGUAUUUCCUUCCAAAAUGGUUUUAAACACUUGAUAAAAUUCAUGUCUUUAAAAGGAUUUGAAAAUGUUUUACAUGAAUCAUGUUCACAGAUAGUUGUCUAAAUGUAGUACAAAAAUGCAUAUUGUUACAGACUUAAAAUGCAUGAUAUUUAAGUACAAGCUUUACCUAUUUACAUUUUAUACAUAAGCUUUCAUAAUUUAUCCAGUCUAUGACAGGAAAGCUAAUCUGCAAUGCACAUACAUUGAAUAGGAGUAUAGUUCAGAACCACUGAAACAAUGAAUUAUUAACAAGUCUAGAUAACAUUUCAUACCUGUGAUAAACCAUGUGUUUACAGAAAGGAAGUGCAGCAAGCCAGAAUGAGCUUAAUAUGCUUAAACACAUUUCCUUUAUCCCCUCCCUGUUAAAAAAUGCCUCCUGUUUGUUUAUUGGGUACAUCCACUGUUAGAACUGAAGCCUGUUGUUUGGUAUUUCUAUGGAUUUUUUUUAUUAAAUAUCUGCCAAAAUAAAAUUAUUUUGGAUUAAA